AGGCUCAAAUGAGCCAUGGACGAGGUCCAAAAGGCCUUUGCGCAGGAGGUGGGAGAUGGCUGCCUCACCAAGCACGAGCUCGAAGGCGUGCUGCUGCGAGUGGGCCUGGGCGCCAAGCACAUCACGGCGCUGCUGGGAUGCAUCCCGGGCGAUGCUCACAGGAGGUUUGACUUCAGUGAGUUCCUCCGGGUCCUAAGCCACGACGAGCCCCGAGAUCCCCCUGUCCCUUGCGUGCCCAGCAUCACAAGCUACGAUCUGCUUGUCUUGGGCUGCGGGCCCGCCGGGGUCAAGGCGGCCUUAGAGGCGGCGGGCCGUGGGCUGCACGUGGCCGUGGUGGAGCCUCUGGCGAAACCCACGGGGGCGCCCACGGGGGCGUACUCCAAGUGCAUCCGCGAGGCUGUGAUGGCAAAGAAGUGGACUUGGCCAGAGAUCCAUGACAUGGUUCAGCAGAUCACCUUGAGCGCGCAUGAGAGCACCAUGCGCCUUCUCCGCAGCUUCCACGUGGACGUCCUGCAGGGCGCAGCGUCCUUCGUGGACGCCUCCACGCUAUGCUUGGAGGGCGCCGCUCGCCGCACGCUGCGCAGCGGGCACGGCGUGGUGGUGGCUACUGGGUCACACGCCAACCGCCUGUCGAUGAUCCCCUUCGAGCUCUUUGGGGUCUUCGACUCCGACUCCAUCAGCAGCUUAGACUUCAUCCCCAAGACCAUGGUGGUCCAGGGUGCUGGGAUCAUAGGCCUGGAGUACGCGAACAUGUUCGCCAAGCUGGGUGCCAAGGUGGUGGUGGUCGAGUUUGCAGCAAAGAUGCUGCAGAUGCUGGACAAGGACCUGCAGGCAGCCUUGCUGGCGGAUCUGGCGGCGAACAAGGUGGAGAUUUUGCUGGAGACGGGCAUCACUUCUGUGCAGUCGCUGGAAGGCGGUGUCCGAGGCAAACCCUUGUUGCUGGUGGAGACUUCCAGAGGCUCCUUCCGCUGCGAGUGCCUGCUGUCGGCGGUGGGGCGGGUGGGCAGCGUGGAGGGCCUGGGGCUGGAGAAGGUCGGGGUGAAGACAGGCCGGGCCCAGAUGAUUGAGGUGGACGGGAACCAGUGGACCGGCGUGGCCAACAUCUACGCCGUGGGCGAUGUGGCAGGCCGCUCGGUCUCUCUCCCGGUCGAGCCGGUCGAG